UUUAUGGUUGGCCAACCCGGAACCGACUAGACGUCUCAUCUCCACAAUGAUUUUUUGAGUUAUAGUUCAUUACUUGUUUCAGCGCGCGUUUCGAGGACAGCAUUGUACCAGGACUGACGGUUCCUCCUCACUGGUGGCUAUGGGGAACCUAAUCAAGGUCCUGACACGGGACAUAGACAACAACACCGGCAACUUCUUCUUGGACUUUGAAAAUGCCCAGCCUACAGGCCCAGAGAGGAAGGUGUGGGACGAGGUGAAUGAGGUGCUAGUGGAGGCCAUGGAGAUCCUCGAGGAGCUACAGUCAUACAGUGGAGCAGGGGAAGCCAUCAGACAGGCUAUACAGCAGCCCAGUGAAGAGCGUGUGCAGGAGAGGGCCUGGGCCGCGGUAGUGCCACUGGUGGGAAAGCUGAAGAAGUUCUACGAGUUCUCCCUGAAGCUAGAGGGGGCGCUACACGGCCUGCUGAGCUCCCUGACGAGUACGCGCUGCAGCCCGACGCAGCACCUGGAGCAGGAGCAGGCGCUGGCGCGGCAGUUUGCCGAGAUCCUCCACUUCACGCUGCGCUUUGAUGAGCUCAAGAUGACCAACCCGGCCAUCCAGAACGAUUUCAGCUACUAUCGCAGGACCCUCAGCCGCAUGAGGAUCAACAAUGUGUCCCAGGCGGAAGAGCAGAAUGAGGUGAACAACGAGCUGGCCAACCGCAUGUCCCUCUUCUAUGCCAACGCCACCCCCAUGCUGAAAACGUUAAGCGACGCCACAACAAAGUUUGUUUCAGAGAAUGCAGAAUUACCCGUUGAGAACACCACAGACUGUCUGAGCACGAUGGCUAGUGUGUGCAAAGUCAUGCUGGAAACACCGGAGUACCGCACCCGCUUCGCCAGUGAGGACACGGUGCUGUUCUGCCUGCGUGUCAUGGUGGGGGUCAUCAUCCUCUACGACUUCGUCCACCCUGCUGGGGCCUUCGUCAAGUCCUCCAAAAUCGAUAUGAAAGGAUGCAUUAAAGUCCUCAAGGACCAGCCGCCCAAUAGUGUGGAAGGACUUCUAAAUGCUCUCAGGUACACAACAAAACAUUUGAAUGAUGAGACUACCUCCAAACAAAUUAAAACCAUGCUGCAAGCAAACUGAAUCAUCUCUGUGCUAAACUAUGCUGGAGUGGGGCUGACCCCGGAGCAGGAAGUCAGUGGAGUCUUUGAAUUCAGACAGGGGUUUCGGGAGCAGAAUGGAAACAAAAUGGAUGUGGCCAGUCUUUUUUUUACUGAAAUACAGUACUUUAUGUAUUGUACUGUAGCAAAGUGGUGAGAAAUGACAUUUACAAAUUCCUUGAUGACCCUUUUGUCUAUGCCCCAACCAAGUGUG